AUGGCUUCAUUAUGGCGCGCAGGGACCAAGCUAACUCUACUAGCAUCCGCCAUCGGCGGCGGUGGCGCAGCGGCGCUCAUUGCCACCUCCGACGAUCCUGCAACGGCCUUCAAUCUCUCCACAACUAUCCCUCGUCGCCUCUUUGCCGACGCGGUCGCUGCCGCCAACAUUGUGUUCGAUUAUGAAUAUUCACUAUGGGGAAUCCCGGAAGGAAGUAGUGAAAGGGAGAAAAUCAAGCAUGAAGUUCACCUCCGUUCAGCAGAAAAACUUCGAGACCUGUGUUUUAAGAAUGGAGGGAUUUAUAUAAAGCUUGGGCAACAUCUCGGGCAAUUGGAAUACUUAGUUCCUAAAGAAUAUGUUCAGACCAUGAGGGAGUCCAUGCUAAAUAGAUGUCCGGUUUCUUCGUAUGAACAAAUAUGUACUGUAUUCAAGAAAGAGUUUGGAGAGACACCGGAUAAAGUAUUUGCCGAGUUCGAUCCAGUUCCAAUAGCAAGUGCAUCCCUUGCACAAGUUCACGUAGCACGCACACACGAUGGCCAGAAAGUUGCUGUGAAGGUCCAACACUCUCACAUGACUGAAACCGCGGCUGCUGAUCAAGCCACUGUAGAAUUGAUUGUGAACACUCUACAUAAUUUUUUCCCCAGUUUUGAUUACAGGUGGUUGAUUGACGAGAUUAAAGAGAGUUUACCUCAGGAAUUGGACUUUUUAACGGAGGCAAAGAACAGUGAGAGGUGUUUGGAGAACUUCCAUAAGUUGUCUCCUCAUAUCGCAAAUUAUGUAUAUGCACCAAAAGUAUAUUGGAAUCUGAGUUCGUCAAAGCUGCUUACAAUGGAAUACAUCGAUGGUGCUUAUGUAAAUGAUGUGAAGGCCAUUAAGAAACUAGGGAUCCGUCCACAUGAACUUUCGAUAUUGGUUAGUCAAACUUUUGCUGAAAUGAUGUUCAAGCAUGGGUUUGUACACUGUGAUCCACAUGCUGCAAAUUUGUUGGUUCGCCCAUUGCCUUCCAGCAAAGCUAGCAUCCUCGGUUGGAGAAAACCACAGUUGAUUCUUUUAGACCACGGACUCUAUAAAGAGCUUGACUUCAAUACAAGAACUAAUUAUGCUGCACUAUGGAAGGCGUUGAUAUUUGCUGAUGCUAAUGCAAUCAAGAAAUACAGUACAAAGUUGGGUGCCGGGGAGGAUUUAUAUGCACUUUUUGCUGGAGUUCUAACAAUGAGACCUUGGAAUAGAGUUGUUGACCCAUCAAUGGAUCACUUAGUUAUAAAAGGAAGUCAGAGUGAACUAUCAGAACUUCAGAUGUAUGCUUCUGAAUAUUUCCAUGAAAUCUCAGAGCUUCUAAGGAGAUUACCACGUGUGAUUCUUCUAAUGAUGAAGACAAAUGACUGUUUACGGGCAGUCAACAAUACCCUGAUACAGGGAUCACAUUUGGAAACAUCCCUGAAGACAUCUUGUAUCAUUGGAAGGGUUUCUUCCGAGGCUGUCACUGCGGCAAAAAUGUCACAAAGCAAGUCAGUUCUAACUUGGUUUAGUGUUAAAUUGGAUAAAAUUUUGCUGGAAAUACAGAUUUGGAAAAUACAGAUGGCCCUGUGGCUUUUGCAACUGAGAAAGGCGUUGCCUUGGUCUCACAGAGCAUCAUAA